AUGGAAGAUGUUACCGGAAAUCUGGUUGCAUUGAGGGCCACUUAUAAUGGCUUGGAUAAUGACUUUAAGGGUUCAGUUCCUUUCAGAGAAUAUGUGGACAUGAUGAAUACUUUGUUGCCCAAGAAAGAGUAUAGGAGAGAGCAGGACAUAAGUGGAAGAGAACUCAAAAAUAAAAUAAGCAAAUUCACAGCCCCUACCUUUGAUGGAACAAGCAAAAGUUCUGCUAGAGCAUGGUUACAAAAGUUACAAACUUUCUUCAUUCUUAAUCCUAUGAAGGAGCAUGAUGCUGUUCAGUUUGCAACACUACACUUGGAAGAUGCAACUUAUGAUUGGUGGUAUCAUGGAAUGACUACUCAAGGCCAUGGUCAUGUAACUACUUUUGAUGAGUUUAGUCAAAGAGUGAUAGAUAGGUUUGAUCUCAAGGACGAGGAAGAGUAUUUUAAAGAAUUGUCAAAGUUGAGACAAACCAAAUCAGUUAAUGAGUAUGUAGAAGAAUUUCAAAAGCUAGUUGUUAUGGUACCUGAUAUAUCUAAAAAGAGAAUCAUUUAUCUUUUCCUUGAUGGUCUUGAAGAUCCAAUUAAGGGCUUGGUUAAGGCUUUCUCACCCUCAACUUUACAGGAAGCCAUCAAAAGAAGUUUGCAGCUUGAAACUUCAAUGCCUAAGAAACCAGUGACAAAUCAAAAGCCUCCAAAUCUUUGGCAACAUAAGGGAAAUUUUCAGAAAAAGACUUUUCCACCACCACCAUCAAAGAAUGUGACAAAUACAACAAACAAGAAGGUAGAUGAAGAGACUAAGAGUGAACUUCGACGGAAAAAGCUUUGUUUCACUUGUAGGGAGCCAUGGGUUCCAGGACAUAGGUGUUUGGGAAAAGGUCAAGUGCACUAUAUUGAGGUUGCUUCAGAAUCUGAUUCAGAUGAGAAUGAGGAAUUUCAUGACACUAAGGAAGUAGAAGAAGAAGAGAAAGAAAAAGAAGUCAGCAAGGGUGGCACUUUGGCAGCAUUAUCAGGAGUCCCGAGAUAUCAUCCUUUCCGCAUCCGAGGGGUAUUAGCAGGGCAGAGGAUGAUAGUCCUACUAGAUAGUGGGGCAACUCACAAUUUUAUAGAUGAGGAUUUUGUCAUAAAAAGAGGACUUAAAGCAGAAGAUUUUGAAGGGUUCAAUGUCACUGUAGCCGAUGGAUUCACUAUGCCUUGCACAUUUGUGGUAAAGCAACUCAAGAUGACUUCGGGAGACUAUGAGCUUUGUGAUGACUUCUAUGUUGUUGGAAUUGGAGAAAUAGAUAUUGUAUUGGGUGUUCAAUGGUUACACUCUAUUGGGGGCUAUUACAUGAACCAUCAAACAAUGGAGUUCAAGUUCCAGUCCAAUGGGAAAGAAGUCCUAUUAAGGGGCUUAUCAAAUGGAGCACCCAGGGUGGUCACUACAAAGAGGAUAGAGAGGACCUUUCGAAGAGGACAAGUAGCAUGGGCAGCAGGAAUCAUAAUCCACCCCACGAACUCUUCCAAGGGACAAGGUAAUUUCCAUUUUGAAAUUCAGAAAAUUCUUGAUAAGCAUAGUCUAGUUUUCAAUGAUUUGCCCCUAGGAUUACCACCAGAUAGGGGAUUUGAGCAUGUUAUAGAAUUAGAACAAGGUACAAAACCUGUUAUAACUACUCCAUACUGCCAUCCAAGGGGUUAUAAAGAGGAAAUAGAAAAGAAUAUUAAGGAACUCUUGGACAUGGGAUUCAUAAGGCCUAGCUCUAUCCCAUUUGCAUCUUCUAUGGUACUUGUGAAGAAAAAGGAUGGUACAAUGAGAAUGUGUAUAGAUUACAAGGCCCUAAACAAGAAGACCAUAAAAAAAAGUAAAACAUGGAAAGAGCAUCUAGAGCAUAUAGAUACUAUUUUGGGCAUCUUGGAGCAGCAAUCCUUCUAUGCUAAAUUAUCCAAAUGUGAGUUUGGUUUGACUGAGAUUCUAUACUUGGGACAUGUUAUAAGCUGCAAGGGAGUACAGGUUGAUCAACAAAAGAUUCAAGCAAUUUUGGAUUGGCCACCACCCACCAGUCUUACACAGUUGAGGGGGUUAUUUGGGUUGUGUAGCUACUAUAGAAGGUUUGUCAAAGGAUUGCUUGCUGCCCCUUUGACUGAUUUGACUAAGAAAGGAGCCUUUGUAUGGACAGAAAUGGUACAGAAAAUAUUUGAUAAACUUAAGGAGAGGCUGCUAAACCUGUGGAGAAGGAGACCCAAAGAUGGGAGUUUGCAGGUUUCUAGGAAGGCUAAGGAUGGGAGUUUGAGGCUCUUCCAUGUGCAAGCUCAUGUAGAGUUUGCCUUUGUGCCAAACAGUGCAGAUUUGUGUGUGUUUUGGCCAUUUUUCUAUUAA